UAAGACCCCGAGACAGUUUAAUAGCUCGUUAGUUCGAUACUUAAUUCCACGUAUAAGGGCAUAGCGCUAUGGGGCCUACUUGGGUACCUAGUUCGUACGCUGUAUGGCUAACUGCGCCUGGGGAAACAAAAUAAUAACAAUAAAUAAAUAAAAACAUAAUGUGAUACAGUUACUCGUAUUCAGGUAACCCCACGAACAUCCAAAUCGAAAAAAAUCGAUUUGUGUCUCACUCCGAAACCACCCCUUUUUCGUUCAGUCUUCUGAUCGAGAUUGGCAUCAUCAUGGCUUCACCCGAUAAUCCUUCGGAUGACGUCACACAAGAGGAUGCAUCAGUUAGGCUGGCUGAGACUGAGGCAUUUCUUAGGCGCGCCCAAUUAUUACAGUCCGAAGUUCAACGUUUUGCCGAUCAUCUCGAAGAAGUCUACCACGGUUACUCCCAACAUUCGCCGGCAUACGUCCAUACAUCCUUUACCAACGAAGUGAAGGCUGAGGCAGAGAGUUUAGAGAAAGAUAUUCGAGAGCCAAAGCCAUCUGACCCUUUAGGCGUGCAUCACCCACACUCCAGCAACUUGCCCUUCCUUGAGCCCAUAUGGGGUAUUGCAAAGAAUUCAAAAGAUGUUGUUAGAAUCCGAUGUGCUCUAUCUACCGGACCGUAUAAGAAACAGGUCCUAGCACCAGGAACACGUAUUGUUCGAAGUCAGGGUGAAUCGCGACCUAACAAAUUGGGCAGUUUCAUCGUCGAUGUAGUCACUGACGGUGGGCAUUCGUGGUACAAGGUCUCUUCCAUGACUAACAAGAGGGUAUUAUUCGACUUGGCGAAAGAAGCAAUCUACGGUGGAGAUAGUGACGACGAUGAAGACGUCGGGGCAAUUCUUCAACAUUAUGAGGACAUCCCCCUUGUGAAGCUGGCAAGAAACCUAGCUAACACAGCUAAGGGACAUCAUAUCCAAACCAAGAACCCUAGUACAUUCAUUGUACUACCACGUAUCAAAGAAGGCGAAUAUCCCGAGGUAGAUAAAGUCCUCAAUGUUUGCCGUCAGCUUGGUGUUACACUACUUUGUGGCGAUUCUGUGCCGCCCGCCCCGCUUCUCUCGGAUACCCUCCUCCAUACGAUGGCCCCUGAUCCGAAAGCAAACUUUACUCAAAUCCUAAACAUCGAUACCUCUCUCUUAGUUGCUCUUGCGUCCGACUUUUCCCACGGCGUGGUCGUUAAGCAACCGUGGUUUAGUCAAUCACACAACGAUCAUGUUGAUCUAGAAAUCGCGCAGCCGAUGCUUUCAAUGGUGUAUCCCCUCAUAGGUAACCAUGAGCUCGUGUGUACUAAAGAAGCAGCCGAGACAUUCUUCCACAUCGUCGACACUCUGUCAACUGACUCCGAAAAGGCCCGUGCCUAUCUGAUAGUUGACUCCAUCACUAAGAAUUCCGAAAAAUCUCAGGAGCAGCGGAUUGAAGAACUGCGACCGCUCUCAAUCCACGAUGUCCCAUCCUCCUUACAGUUACCGAUCACCAUCGUCGAUAUGAACGAAGAUAAUUGCCAAGAUCGCUUGUCGGAUUUAAUCAAGGAAAAACUGGGGAAUGUUGUGAACCCUGGACAGUCUGUCUUUUCCUAUGGUUGGGCGAAGGGACUGACUACAAUGACUUGCAACUCGCUCGUCAUUAAACAACUUGAAAGGGAUCUCGAGAGCCUUCCGACUUUAGAUGUACCUUGGCCGUCUAUCUGGGCGUUCCCUACAUCCCGUCCGUUCGUCGGUGUCCCCAAGAGUAUGCGCGAGCAGCCCCAGAAGCAUGUCGAAGACUACAUUGAAACAUGUACCUCCGGAAUAGACAAACUCUUAAGGUCAUCGAAGUAACGUUACGACACUAUGAUGUCUAAACGAACAGUGGCGACAUUUUCGAGGCAUAUAAGGUUUUCCUUAUGCCACGAAUUGUCUUGAAAAAAAGGAUGUAUAUGAAGACUUGAUCUCGGUUGGCAACACGGUGCUUGGGAUAUCUCAGCUUGGCCCUGUCGGUUGCUCGGGAUCUUCUGGUUCGGUAGCUACCUAGUGUAGCAUGAGCCACCACCUUUUGCUACGACAUACAAGGAUUGCUUUUCCCGCUUGGAACUGUACAUAAGGUAAAAAUCACAUCCGAAUCGCAUUAAGUAGAUAGUCUUGAGCUCGAUAUGUAAGGAAAUUCUCCCAAUUACUGCCCGCCCCUCUCUUUUAAUUCGUGUUUCCUGUUUUAAUAAGUGUCAAAUUUCAAGUGAAUUUUUUUAAUUAAUUAUCAAGCAUGACGUGAGGGUACCCAGGUAUGCAUUUUGGGGUAGCUAAUAGCUCAAAAGUACGACGACCGAUUGACCCUGUCGAUCGGAGGAGCGUUUUAAUCUGGGGAUCCAGCCCGGCAAUAUCUCACCCGACUCAACCGGGACUCAACCGGCGCACGACAGUCGUCUACCGCUGAUCCGAUUGCGCCUCUGCAGUGAAUAACCCUAGAAUCCUUGC